AUUAUAUUUUACAGUGAGGAUGAUUUCACAUCGGACUAUACCACCCCCGAAUACUCCUAUGAGUAUGACUAUGAGGAUUUUGCACCAUGCAAGUAUGACAGACACAGCGCUGUUUUCCUGCCUGUGUUUUAUUCCCUGCUCUUCGUGUUCGGGGUAAUCAGCAAUGGCCUCGUCUUGUGGGUCAUGCUGAUACGUGUGAAGCUGCAGAGCAUCACUGACAUCUGUCUCCUGAACCUGACUGUGGCGGAUCUUCUGCUGCUCAUCACCCUGCCCUUCCUGGCCCACUACUCGAGAGCGGACUGGGUCUUUGGUCCUGCCAUGUGCAAAGUCGUCAUGAGCAGCUACUACAUUGGCUUCAACAGCAGCAUCUUCUUCAUCGUAAUCAUGAGCAUCGACCACUAUCUGACUGUAGUUCAUGCCGUGAGUCCUCUCAAAAUCAGAAAACGCAGAUAUCAAGCCAUCAUGAUUACCAUAACCUGGAUCGUAGCACUUUUGGCUUCAUUUCCUGAAAUGAAUGUGACCAGCCUUCUGAUUCCAUUUUUCAUCAUGGUGUUUUGCUACUCGAUGAUCCUGAGGAGAAUACUUCACCUCAAGUCAACAAAGAAGAAGACCAUACGCCUCGUGCUACUGGUGGUCAUGGUGUUCUUCUGCUGUUGGACCCCCUACAAUGUUGCAUCAUUCUUGCAGGCACUAGAACUGGUCUCUAUCUACAUACCAUGUGAAUCCAGCAGAGUCAUUCGGUUGAGCCUGCAGGUGACGGAGGCUCUAGCCUACUCCCACACCUGCUUGAAUCCCAUCGUUUAUGUCUUUGUGGGCCAGAAGUUCAGGAGGCACCUGUUUAAACUCCUGAACAGGAUGCCAUGCAUGUAUGAAAAGUUUAUGAUUUCCACAGUCACACCACAGCUAUCCCAGACAAGCAAGACUGAACGGUCCAGUACAACUAUGAAUGUCACUUAUGUUUAAAAGAAUUCAAUGUUGUUGCUGUUGCUAUAUAUACAUAUAAACAAGCAUGCAUUGCAGUCUAUCAGAUCAUCUCAACAACUUACAGAAUGAAUGUAAAAGCAAAUAUAUUCAUUUCCGCCUGGCACUAAGCAUGUAAUACUUCACAAUACUAAGCCAUAGAAAGGUUCCCAAUGAAACCCCUGCAUUCCCACAUCAUAGAAACUCUAAUAUCAACAUUUGUAAGAUCAUAUUUGUAGUGCCUGCAAAUUUUUAAUUGAUGAGACUGAAAAUUGAGAAAUUUCAGCAGGUGCAAGUAGUUUUUCCUCAUAAGAAGGAUGAUAUCAAGACUGUGUCAGCAUUUACACAUCAAAUUAUGACAUAUCUGUGUAGCCCAGAAUGUCCUGAAAACAAAACCAUAAAGCACAUGUGGGUAACUCAUGUAUAAACCAUGUAAUAAGUCUAUAAUCAAAGGGAUAGAAAAACGCUCAAAAAUGGAAAGGGUUCAAUGGGUCAUUGCGGAUGUUGCACCUUUCUGUCAUGGUAAAGAGAGAACUAUUUAUACAGCUUUUUGUUUUGGGCGAUCUACAUUCCUACCCUCAUAUAUGAUCACAAGCUUUGGGUAGUAACCGAAAGAAUGAGAUCAUGGAUACAAGUGUCAGAAAUGAAUUUCCUUUGCAGAGUUUCUGGACUUGGCCUUCGAGACAGGGUGAGGAGCUCGGACAUUUGGGAGCAGCUUGACGUAGUGCCACUACUCCUCCCUAUCAAAAGAAGCCAGUUGAGGUGGUUUAGGCGUCUAUCUAGGAUGCCUCCCUGGGGAGAUGUUUCAGACAUGUCCAACCAGGAGGAGACCCUGGGGCAGACCCAGGACA